AUGAUGAAUUUUUUUCAGAAAUUUAUUGAACCUUCCGAUCGCAGACUGCCAUUUGACCAGCCAGCACAUUUUCCAUCGUCCACCGUACCACUGCAAUCUUUCAGUGGAUUUAGCUCGGGUGUUCCCGGCGACAAGGCAGCGACAUCGUCCGACUUCACCUACACCUCUUCCAUUGACCAGCCACCAUCAGCGGAUCCUUCGAGGACCGAGCCCAGCUCCUUCCUAACAGCCUCCUCCAUGAUGAUGGGCGCUUCACAACUGGCCCGUUACACCAGCAUGUACACCAAUGAAGUGUACGAGACCCUCGGGGACCUCAUGUUUCCGAAGACCUUCUCCGGAAGCAGCAUCACUACCGCCGAAGUGACUGCAGACCACCAGUCCGAGGACCUCGGAAGGGAUCAGCUCACAAAUCUUCUGAUGCUUCAGCGCGGAGGCCCAGCAGGUGAUCUUCGAAAUGCGAUUCACCCCUCUCCGAAUCUCCCCUUCUCACAGACGGGCCAGGACUACCGGGGAGAAGACAAGGCCUUCACGCAGUACCUCUACGGUCUUGGCUCCAGUCCACCGCUGUAUUCAUUGCAGUCUGGGGAGAUGAACAGGAUGCAGCCCUCUUAUCAGCCCGGCUAUGAGCCGUCUCAAAUGGAGGACGAGAGGAGUGUGCUGUCGUCGUUGGGGAGCACUACGGCGAGCCAGGACAACUCACCACAGCCAAAAGCCGGCAGUGGCCUCUUGGACCAUCCCAGGGCACCCAAACCGGAGGGCUUUCGGAACGCUCUGUGUCGAGUGUACAACAAGGCGGUUCCACCUCACCUCCCACCACCACCACCUCCGCAUCCUCACCCUGUACCAGAGGCUGGUGCCGAAACGAGCAGGUCAAACCAGUUUUGCAACAUCACGCAAAUGUAUCACCUACAGCCGCAAUUCAGUUAUAGUACCACCAGCCCUAAACAAUCGGCGAUGCAUGCAGCCGUGAGCAAUUCAAACCUACGAAUGGUGCCAACAGGUCUUUUUCCGCUUGGCGCACCUGGCCGAAGAGCCCCGCGGAUCAGGCAUGUUGGGGAGAAGGUGAUAAAUACCAACGAAAACAGACGCAUGAUGAACCCCUCGGACGUAUUCUGUUCUGUGCCUGGCCGUCUUUCGUUGCUAAGCGCAACUUCCAAGUACAAGGUGACUGUAGCUGAAGUUCAAAGGAGAUUGUCUCCUCCGGAAUGUCUCAAUGCUUCACUACUAGGAGGAGUCCUUCGAAGGGCAAAGUCGAAGAACGGUGGAAGAUCACUUCGUGACAGACUGGACAAAAUCGGACUCAGUCUCCCUGCCGGAAGAAGAAAAGCUGCAACUGUCACUCUUUUGACGUCGUUGGUCGAAGGGGAAGCUAUUCGUCUAGCGAGGGAUUUUAACUACCUCUGCGAGAACGAAUUCCCCACCACGAGCUGUGCCGAUGCGCUGGUGCGCGGCGCCCCCUGCAGCACUCCGGGGGGUGCGCUGGCCCGACGGAACCAGAUCUCCGUCACCAGACAAGUUGUCCUCGACGUGGCGGAAGCAAUCACUUCUGACGUGGGUCGGGGCCAAGCCUGGAGCUCCCCGUUCACUGGCAGAAGACAGGAGCCGCCCACGGGCAGCCAACGAUCCUUGGCAAACUUCAACCUGAUUACGCACGGUUUUGGGUGUCCCGCGGUGAUGGGGGUCUUGAACGUCCUUCAGAGGGUUCUCUCUGAGGCCAUUCGAAUUCUCGAUAAGGAGUUCGGCGCUGCCACAACCGACGGAUUGAAUCACGUGCAAAAAAACUCGACUUUGGCACCCACGGGAGGUCUGCCAGGAAGGUACAUGGACGGGGGCGCACUCGGCCAGCAGCUCAUUCCCUACAUGCCGCAGCAAAGUUUUGUUGAUAAAAGUGAAUAG